AGGACCCAGGCGCCCCGCGCGGGCUGCACGCACCCGAGGAAGGCCGCCGAAACCGCGCUGCCGGGCCGCAGCUGCGACUCUGGGUGACGCCAAGGCGGCGGGUUGCAUCAGCAGGCGCUCCGAUGCUCGGCCCGCCCUUCCGCCCACGGAGUCGGGCGCCGAUUGGGCCACGUUGGGGCAGUGGGCUCCGCCUUAGCCAAUGGGCGGCAGCCACAGAGGGUUCUGGCCGCAGAGUCAGGGCGCGGGCUGCCUAUAAAAGGUGCCCGAGGCGGGGGCGCGCGCCCCAGGGACGGGAACGAUUGUUGAGGAGAGUUACUGGCUGCUGGGGCGCUUCCUGCCUGGCAUCUGGGCGCGCAGCCGAGCCCGCAGCGCCGCCGACAUGGAGCCCGAGCCCGAACCCGAGCCUGUCACGCUCCUGGUGAAGAGCCCCAACCAGCGCCACCGCGACUUGGAGCUGAGCGGGGACCGCAGCUGGAGCGUGAGCCGCCUCAAGGCCCAUCUGAGCCGCGUCUACCCCGAGCGCCCGCGUCCAGAGGACCAGAGGUUAAUUUAUUCUGGAAAGCUGUUGUUGGAUCACCAGUGUCUCAGGGACUUGCUUCCAAAGCAGGAAAAACGGCAUGUUAUGCAUCUGGUGUGCAGUGUGAAGAGUCCUUCAAAAAUGCCAGAAGCCAAUGCAAAGGUUGCUGAAUCCACAGAGCAGCCCGCUGGUCUUAAUCAGGGACAGUCUCCUGGGGAUUCCUCAAGCGACGGUUUAAGGCAAAGGGAGGUUGUUCGGAACCCUUCUCCCUCUGGAUGGGAGAACAUCCCAAGGCCUGAAGCUGCCCAGCCGGCGUUCCAAGGCCUGGGUCCUGGUUUCUCAGGCUACACAACCUAUGGGUGGCUGCAGCUGUCCUGGUUCCAGCAGAUAUACGCACGGCAGUACUACAUGCAGUACUUAGCGGCCACUGCUGCAUCAGGGGCUUUUGUCCCCCCGCCAAGUGCACAAGAGAUACCUGUGGUCUCUGCGCCUGCUGCAGCCCCUAUCCACAACCAGUUUCCAGCUGAAAACCAGCCGGUCAAUCAGAACGCUGCUCCUCAAGUGGUGGUCAAUCCUGGGGCCAAUCAGAAUUUGAGGAUGAACGCACAAGGGGGCCCUAUUGUGGAAGAAGAUGAUGAGAUAAACCGAGAUUGGUUGGACUGGACCUAUUCAGCAGCUACAUUUUCCGUUUUUCUCAGCAUCCUCUACUUCUACUCUUCCCUGAGCAGAUUCCUCAUGGUCAUGGGAGCCACCGUUGUUAUGUACCUGCAUCAUGUCGGGUGGUUUCCGUUUCGACAGAGGCCGGUUCAGAACUUCCCGAACGAUGGUCGUCCUCAGGAAGCUGCGAAUCAAGACCCCAACAAUAACUUCCAGGAAGGCCUUGAUCCUGAAGUUGAAGACCCCAGCCACCUCCCUCCAGACAGAGACGCGCUGGGCGAUGAGCAGGCCAGCCCUUCGUUUGUGAGCACAGCCUGGCUCGUCUUCAAGACUUUCUUUGCCUCUCUUCUUCCGGAAGGCCCCCCAGCCAUAGCAAACUGACAGGGUUUGCUCUCUGGCUGCUAGAGGCUUUGACAGGCGUGGACUGGAUCAUCUGACCCCAGCUAGAUUCCCUCACCUGGACGUGGCAAUGGCACAGGCUUAGU